UUAACUAAGCAUCGCCCCUCUUCACCGCUCGCUACAUUUCAAUUUUCAUAAAGGCAACAUAUAAAACCCUAAACCCUACUCCUUCCUUCCUCACUCUUCCAAUGGCGGAGCUAAAACUCUCCGAGAGCCGAGACCUGACCCGAAUCGAACGAAUAGGGGCCCACUCCCACAUCCGGGGCCUAGGUCUUGACUCAUCCCUGGAGCCCCGCGACGUCUCGGAAGGGAUGGUGGGCCAAACCCAAGCCCGCAAAGCCGCCGGUGUCAUUCUCCAAAUGAUCAAAGACGGGAAAAUCGCUGGCCGAGCAAUCUUAUUAGCGGGACAGCCGGGAACCGGCAAAACCGCCAUCGCUAUGGGCAUGGCCAAAUCCCUAGGGCUUGAAACCCCAUUUUCUAUGCUCUCCGGCAGCGAAAUCUUCUCCCUCGAAAUGUCGAAAACCGAAGCGUUAAUGCAAGCGUUUCGAAAGUCCAUCGGAGUAAGAAUCAAGGAAGAAGCCGAAGUAAUUGAAGGCGAAGUCGUUGAAAUCCAAAUUGACCGCCCGGCAGUUUCUGGGGCGGCUUCGAAAACAGGGAAAUUGACUCUCAAAACGACGGAUAUGGAGACCGUUUAUGAUCUGGGUGCGAAGAUGAUCGAGGCAUUAGGGAAAGAGAAAGUGCAGAGUGGGGAUGUGAUAGCUAUUGAUAAAGCUUCAGGGAAAAUAACGAAGCUUGGGAGAUCGUUUUCGAGGUCAAGAGAUUACGAUGCAAUGGGACCUCAAACUAAGUUCGUGCAAUGUCCGGAUGGAGAGUUGCAGAAGAGAAAAGAGGUUGUUCAUUGUGUUACACUUCAUGAGAUUGAUGUCAUUAAUAGCAGAACACAGGGAUUUCUUGCUCUUUUCACUGGUGAUACUGGUGAAAUCCGUGCUGAGGUGAGAGAACAAAUUGAUACAAAGGUGGCAGAGUGGAGGGAGGAAGGAAAGGCAGAAAUUGUGCCAGGUGUUCUCUUUAUUGAUGAGGUGCACAUGCUUGAUAUCGAGUGCUUUUCCUUCCUGAACCGUGCUCUUGAGAAUGAGAUGGCCCCAAUAUUAGUUGUUGCUACAAACAGAGGAAUAACUGCAAUCCGAGGCACAAACUACAAAUCCCCACAUGGAAUUCCAAUCGACCUUCUUGAUCGACUACUAAUCGUCACUACUCAACCUUAUUCUGUGGAUGAAAUUCACAAGAUCCUAGACAUUAGGUGCCAAGAGGAAGAUGUUGAGAUGUCUGAAGAUGCAAAACAAUUAUUGACAAAAAUUGGGCAUGAGACAUCCUUGAGAUAUGCUAUCCAUCUGAUUACUGCUGCUGCAUUGAAUUGCCAGAAGCGGAAGGGAAAGGUUGUAGAAGUGCAGGAUAUCACUCGAGUUUACAGUCUAUUUCUGGAUGUAAGGAGAUCGACACAGUACUUGAUGGAGUAUCAAAAAGAAUACAUGUUCAACGAAGCAUCAAUGGUUGAUGGUGGGGAAGAUGAUGCUGAUGCCAUGCACGAUUGAAAGUUUCUUUAGGUUGAGUUGAAGAAUUUCUGAUAUUAUGUUCCUAACGGCCUUCACACAUGGCACGACGUGGCUUGGUGUUACUGCAAUGUGUUCUCUGCUAGACUAAUAUUAUUUUGCUAGUUUUAGCUAUGCAGCAGUGAAUUCGUAGUGUAAUUUGUACGCAAUAUCAACUCCUAAUUUCGCUAUAGUUUCUGUUAAUGAAAAUAUAGGAUUGCUCUACUGAACAAGCUUGUUUCGACAUCAAAACCUGAGACUAGGCUGAAGUUGCUUUCUCAACAUUUAUCAUCAAUCAAGGAACCUUUGUUACUUCAAAGAUUGAUACUAGUUUAGGCGUGCACUUUGCCUGGUCGAGAAAAAUGGCAGAACAAUCCCUUGAUCCUAGAAUGGCCGUUUCUCGUUCCAUUAGUUAAUUCAUGUGCUCCGAAAGUUAUCAUGUCAAUUUUGGGUUUUCUUACCCUUCUCAAAUCUUUGGCACACUUUUCCUACACUUGUCUUAGCAGCAAAAAGUUUCGGUUUCUCAUGCUGGAAACAAGGCACACCAUCCAUGCAUUUGAUUAAGGCAAAAUCAAUGGAGGUUUCAUGGUACACAA